ACGGGCCAUAUAAGCCAGAGAUGAUAUUGGACUUCCGUGAAUUUAGCCGCGAUCAUGGGCCGAAAAUCGAACUGUUGUGGCUUAUCAUGGUUUGUAAACGAUGGAGUCGGAAUUGGAUGUGCGAUUUUUACCUAUUUACUCAUAGCGUACGCCGAGUUUGUGGUUGUAUUUGUAAUGCUUCUACCUGAGGUUGUAACUUCAGCUGCUAUCGGAGUUUUCCACGCCAUUGCUUUUACUCUGUUGGCGGGUCUUGCUCUUGUUGCUCAUAGUCGAGCGAUGUGUAGUGAUCCAGGUACCAUCCCCUUAGGAAAUUGCACUACAGAAAAUUUAAAGAAGCUUCAGUUAAAAGAAGGAGAAGUAGUUUUAAGAUGCACCAGAUGUGAGUGCAUCAAGCUUGACAGAGCUCACCACUGCAGCACUUGUCAAAGGUGUAUUAGGAAAAUGGAUCACCACUGUCCGUGGAUAAAUAACUGUGUCGGGGAAGACAAUCAGAAAUUCUUUGUAUUGUUUACAAUGUACAUUUUUUUGAUAUCCAUGUAUGCAUUGGUUUUGACGAUACGACAAAUACUUGUAUGUACAGAAAAUGAAUGGCAUGAUUGCACCUUUUUACCAGUAGCCUCAGCCAUUUUAUUGAUGAUUUUUCUAGUCUUUGAAGGAUUGCUGUUUGGAAUUUUCACUCUUGUUAUGUUCUGCAGUCAAGUAUCCUCAAUAGUUAAAGAUGAAACGGGAAUAGAAAACUUAAAGAAGGAGAGAGUUGUUAAAAAGACUACUGUGUAUGAGAAUCUUCAAGACGUAUUUGGAGGAUAUUUUUCUAUUUCUUGGUUUUCACCUUUUACUUCGCCACCCUUGCGACGAGCGAACUUUACAUUCCACGACGUGUGACAAAACUCAUUGAGAAAACACUUACUACUCCACAGUAACCCCAAUGAAGAGAUAAUGGGAAGUCUGUGGUACCAUAGCCUUAUUGUACCUUUGUAUGCAGGUUACUGCAUUGCUCAAAGGAAAGAGUUUAUGGCAGCACUUGGUUUUUAAAAAUUCCCUGUUUAUUAUGUAAAGUGAACUAUUUAAAGGUACCUGAAGAACGUUUACAGACGGCAAAAAGAAGUUGUAAAUUUUUAUUCAAAGCUUCGUCAAGCUAUUCAGAAAGCCAACGAUCUUUGUUAUCCAAUCUUAAGAUACCACAAAUAGUCCAAAUAUCCUCACCAUGAUUUAAUGUUGCCUAGCAACUUCAGGGACGAAAAAUGCGGGCUCAUCUGGUCUCUGAAAACGACAACAUAGUUCUCUUUUCUUUUUCUUUUCUUACUCGAACUAAUCCAAAAUUCCCAUGUAACGUUUUCCGUUGAAAACCGAUGAAAACCGAUGACCUUUUGAUCAAGACGGUAUUGUUUUCUCACACGAUAUCUUUUUUGCCACAAUUUGAAGAAACCUCAAAGGUUUUUUUAAAAUCCAAAUGACGUCCGAAAUUCACUGUCAAACGGGCGCAUUGUCGAGACUCGCAGGUUAAUUUAAAUUUGAGUUUUCUGGUCUGAUUUAGAAGUAUACUAACCCUUAAGCCCUACGAGUGACCAGCAUCGAAAUUCUCCUUACAAUAUCAUCACUGAAUCAAACAUUUAGGUCACGAGAAUAUAGGAAAUGAUCACUGAAGCAGCUCUUGGUUAAAUAAAUUCUCCUUGUAAGUACUAUAGGGAAUGUAUAGUGAACAGUAUGGAGAAUGUACGUCCUGAUGUUAGGGUCUAAACGGUUAGAUAUUACUUGCGUAGGACACAAAUCUUUAAUCGAAAAGAAUAAAUAAAUGCUAUUCAGUAUUGUAGACCGGUGUGGAAUGUAAAAAGUAUUUAAAGUGUAGAUGUAGAUAGUAAAAAAUUCUAAAGUCUUGUUUCAA